AUGGCCGUAGACUUUGGAGACUGCUGGAGUGGGUUCCGCCACGAGGAGGUGAUCUGGUUCAUCAAUAACGAGAUCCUCAGGAAUGGUGGUGGCCCGGAGUUUUACACGGCCUUCCGCUGCCAGCCCUGGAGCGAGGUGGAGGACAAGCUUAAGUCUAUCAUGGUGGACCCAGAGGUGCCCCUUCCUAUCAAGAGGGCCUACACCUGGAGCGCACUGGCCCUGAGUGUGCACGUGGCCGUGAGGCAGUUGGAGGAGCAAAAGGGCCAGAUUCGGCAGCUGCAGGAGCAGGUGGAGGAGUGUGAAGUGGCUUCUAGCGCCCUGACCUCGGAGCUAGAGCAGCUGCGUGAGGAUCUCAAGGAGGAAAAUUUGCAACUGCAGUUCACACAGGUUGCUCUGCAACAAGCCCUGAGUGAUCGCGACAUGCUUCUCCAGCAGCUCCAGGUGGAGCGAUUAGCACAGGUCAAUUGGCUGUCCCAGCAGUUCCAGUUUGGCAAUCUGGCUUAUCCGUGUGGCCCUGCAGCAUGGCCCCUGAACGCAGCGAGCCAGGGCAACUUCAUGCCUGUGGGGGCACAGAACAUGCUACAUUUGCAGGCACAGAUGACAGCCCCAGCAUCUCUGUUUUACGUGCAGGCAACACCGAAUUCCUGGGCCCAGACCAUGCAACCCUCUUUGCCUGCGAUGGCUCCACAACCAUUCUCUGCUCCAUACGCAAUGGGAUACCCAUACUCAACACCUCUACCACCACUUCUACUACCACCACCACCAGCACCACCGCCAGCACCAGUAGCAGCAGUUCCACAUCCAGCUGACCUGUGGCCUGGAAUGGGGUUCCAGGAGAUGUCCCCACCGUGGGACCAGAUGAACCCCUACUAUGGCCCAGAGAAGCCUCAGGAGAUGGCCCCCUUGGGGGACAGCCAGACCCCCAACCAGGAAGAUGGCCCAGAGAAGCCUCAGGAGAUGGCCUCCUUGGGGGACAGCCAGACCCCCAACCAGGAAGAUGGCCCAGAGAAGCCUCAGGAGAUGGCCUCCUUGGGAGACAGCCAGAGCCCCAGCCAGGAAGAUGGUUCAGAGAAGCCUCAGGGGACGGCUCCCCCCGGGGACAGCCAGAGCCCCAACCAGGAGAAUGGUGCAGAGAUGCCUCAGGGGACGGCUCCCUCAGGGGACAGCCAGAGCCCCAGCCAGGAAGAUGGUUCAGAGAAGCCUCAGGGGACAGCCCCCCCAGGGGACAGCCAGAGCCCCAGCCAGGAGAAUGGUGCAGAGAUGCCUCAGGGGACGGCCCCCUUUGGGGACAGCCAGAGCCCCAGCCAGGAGAAUGGUGAGAUCCUGUUUUCGUGUCUUCAGAACUCCAGGGAACUUAAUUGUUGUUGA